AUGGAAAUAAAUGAUUUUAUAUAAUAGUAAUAUCUAUUAUAUAUUGAAGAUUGCAUGAUUCAAAAUACAAAGGUAUGAAGAUAACUCUAAAUGAAGAACCUAGCUUUAUUUAAUUGUGAAUUUUGUUUAAAUGGUACUACUUGUUAACCAAAUAAUUAUUUAAACAUGAAUGCAGGUAAUAGUUGUUCCGCUAAUUGCGAAAAUUUUAUUAAUACAUCUACUAAUUGUACAUCUUGUUUAUUAAGAUAUUUUUGAAAGGAUCUUCUAAUACUUGUCAUUAAUGUGAUACUAAUUGUUUAACAAGUUUAAAUGAUGCCAAAAUUUGCAUAUCUUGUGUUUUAGUAUAUUUUAAAGAUAAGUAUACUGAAUGCUCAAAUAAAUGUUUUACUUUUGUUGUUCCAGACACUUAAUUUAUAUUAUGUUAUGUAGGAAGAUAUUUCAAUAUUAAUUAUUGUUCACCUUAUCCUAAUACAUGUACCAAUUGUGAGAAUUCAUAAAAUAUUCAUGCUUGUUCUAAAAGUUCUUAUUUGAAUAAUAAUUUUUUUUCAGUUUGUUCUAUUAAAUUUUAAGAAUGUGUAUAUUCAUCUACAAAAUUUACUAAUUGUUAUGAUGGUAAAUACGAAAGUGUAUUCCAGGUUAUGAAUUUUGCAAAUUAUGCAUGA